AAAACAAAGCAAAAGUUUUUGUUUUUAGCUUUGAAUUUAUAUUAGAAUUAGAUUAGACCAGAUAUUGUAAAAGGAAGCUGCAAAGGGUUAUUAAAGGUCAGCAAGAACAAGGAAAAAUAGGUUUUUUUUUUCGUUUUCUCGGGAAAAACGAAAAGAAAAAUGGGGAGAGGUAGGGUUGAGCUGAAGAGGAUUGAAAACAAGAUUAACAGGCAAGUGACUUUUGCUAAGCGAAGGAAUGGGCUUUUGAAGAAAGCCUAUGAGCUUUCGGUUCUUUGUGAUGCCGAGGUUGCUCUCAUCAUCUUCUCCAAUAGAGGAAAACUGUACGAGUUUUGCAGUAGUUCAAGCAUGAUGAAAACAUUGGAGAGGUACCAGAAGUGCAGCCAUGGAGCUCCAGAGACAAAUGUUUCAGCUAGGGAGGCUCUGGAGCUAAGCAGUCAGCAGGAAUAUCUGAAGCUCAAAGCACGCUACGAAGCCUUACAAAGGUCUCAAAGGAAUUUACUAGGAGAAGAUCUAGGCCCUUUGAGCAGCAAAGAGCUUGAGUCUCUCGAGAGGCAGCUUGAUUCGUCGUUAAAGCUGAUAAGAUCAACGCGGACCCAAUACAUGCUGGAUCAGCUCACCGAUCUCCAACGAAAGGAACACCUACUUAAUGAAGCCAAUAAGACCCUAAAACAAAGGUUGAUGGAAAGCUACCAAAUAAACUCACUUCAGUUGAAUCCAAACGCCGAAGAUGUUAUCGGUUACGGCCGGCAGCCAACCCAUCAGCCUCAUGGCGACGUCUUCUUUCAUCCGUUGGACUACGAGCCUACAUUGCAAAUCGGAUAUCAGCCGGAAACCAUAUCGGCCGUCACUGCCGGUCCGAGUGUGAAUAAUUACAUGACCGGAUGGCUACCAUGAUUAUGAUACAUAAAAAAUGAUAUAAGAAAGCAUGCAUGGGAAAAUGCAUGUAUGCAAGGUAUACGCAUUACUUUCAUAAGAAUAUUAGCGCAUUUUAUCAUCUGUUUGCAUGGCUAUUUGAAGAAACACAAUGUGUGUAAUGUCGUGAAUUUAAUAGUAUUAAAUUCUUGUCUUUUUA